AUGUCAGAUGUUGUUAGGUUGGCUCUCAAUGUUUUUAAAGGAGAAUUGAUAUGAGAAUGUGGUGUCCAUUUUCAACCAGCCAAGUGGUACUGGUGUACUUGAGAACCUGUCUAUUUGACUAAUCGUUUGGACGUUAGAGCUUGGAGUUCAGCUAUUGUGCAUAUUUUAACAUCACGUAUUCGAUUUACAGUAGAAUUCCAUGUUAUAAGUAUUAUGGCCCAUUUAAGAACUUGUGUGUUGCGUCCUUUGGACAAAGCAUUUGAAGAUAUAGAGUUGCCUCACAAGCAUUCUGUGGUGCUGGGAAGGAAUGAAUUUACUAAAGUUACACACAAAAUAUGCUCCAGAUCACAAGUUGAGGUAGAAGCAGAUGUUGAAGAAGGGGUUGUUAAAGUGACCCAUGUUGGUGCAAAUAAAUCUGGAGUUAAUGGCAUGGCAUUGGAAAAGAAGUCAUCCAUUGCUCUUAAGCAUGGAGAUACCAUUGAAUUGGUUCUUGGUUAUUUUAUAUACAGAAUUGAAUUUGAUCCUCUGCCAUGUGAAGGAAAUGAAAAGAAACGACAACUUGGUGAUUCUGAAGAAAAUGUUGCAAAACGCCCCUGUAAUGAAAAUAAAGAAAUGACUGAUACUGAAGUUGCGGGAUCAAGUUCAAGUGGUGGUAGUGCAUCACCUGAAAAGUUGAUUGGUUGGAAGAAUGUAGACGGAGGAAAAUUAUUAAUAUAUACAUCAUCAGAUUGUGAAGCGAAGGCCAAGAUUGCUGCUUUUGAUCUUGAUGGAACUCUAAUUUCAACAAAAUCGGGAAAAGUUUUUCCAAUCAAUACUGAUGAUUGGAAAAUAGCUUAUCCGGUUAUUCCAAACAAGCUUAAGAAGUUAACGGAAAGUGAAUACAAGAUUGUUAUAAUGACAAACCAAGCAGGAAUUGGUAGAGGGAGAGUAAAUGUGAAAGAUUUUAAAAAGAAAGUUGAGGCAAUUAUUUCCAAGUUAAAUGUGCCAGUUCAAGCAUUUGUAUCAACUGGAUUAGGAAUAUAUAGAAAACCUGCUCCGGGAAUGUGGAAUACACUUUUAAAAGAGUUCAAUAGGAAUAUAGCUGUCAACAAAGAUGAUAGUUUUUACUGUGGAGAUGCUGCAGGCCGACCAGUGAACUGGGCACCAAAAAGGAAAAAAGACUUUUCAUCAGCUGACAGACUCCUAGCGCUAAAUCUGAAUUUGAAAUUUCACACUCCUGAAGAGUUUUUUCUGAAGGACAAAGUGGCUCCAUAUAAUUUGCCAGAAUUUAUUCCAUCCAAAUUGCAAGAUAUGCCACUUACUGACCCAGAAGAUGCCUGUAUAUCAUCUGAUUCUCAGGAAGUGAUCAUCUUAGUUGGAUCACCUGGCUCUGGUAAAAGUCAUUUCGCUAAAUCAUACUUAAUUAGAAAAGGUUACAUUCAUGUAAACAGAGAUACAUUAGGAUCUUGGCAAAAAUGUGUUUCUGAAUUGGAGAAAGGAUUGGCUCAAGGCAAAAGUGUUGUUGUUGAUAACACAAGUCCUGAUAAGGAGUCAAGGAAACGCUUUGUGAAUGCUGCAAAGAAAUUCAAUGUUCCUUGUAGGUGUUUUGUUUUAAACACCAGUUUGGCACAAGCUAAACACAAUAAUCGGUUUCGUGAACUAACUGACGACACUCAUGUGGAAGUCACAGAUAUGGUGAUUAAUUCAUACAUGAAAAAAUAUAUAGAACCUACAACCGACGAGGGCUUUGCUGAAAUACUGAAAGUGAAUUGUGUACCCAAAUUUGAAAGUGAUACUCAUGAAAGAUUGUACAAAAUGUUCUUAAUAGAGAAAUAAAUUUUAAUAUAAAUAUCUUCUGAAAUAUUGAUUAUGAAGCAGAAUGUUUUUUUUAUUUUUUGUAGUUCAUAUUAUGUUCUUUAUUAGUUUCAAAUUAACAAGUAGUUCAGAAGAUGUAUUAAGGUAUCAAUAAAAAUGCACCCACUUACAUUCAGUUUCUUUGUUACUGUGUAAUAGUAUUUAUUUACAAAAUAACUGCUUAUUUCAAAGAUUCUUUGAUAUACGAAUUGUAAUCUUGAACCAGUUCAUAAACUUUAUUUUUCAGUGGCUCAUAAUCUGUUUCUGAUCUUUUUGAUUCUAUGUAUUCAUGUAUUGCAAAAUUAUUUUGUUCCAGUUGGGAUAAUUUUCUUUCCAAGUUAUUUAGUUGAGCAUAGGUUUCAUUAUCAUCCAAUUGUUUCUGCAAAAAUAAAACAUUUCAAGA